UCACUGCCCAUGAAAUUUCAUAAGGCCACGUGCUUGUGCUUGUGACUGCACGAAGAACAUCCCCUGACCCCUCCCCUUCACCAGAACCACCCGCCCGCCAUGCGGUUAAAGCGUGGAGCACCCAGAGCACACACUUCUGCAAGUUCUGCAUAACGCAUAAAACGUUCGUGUCCGUUGCAGAAACGGGAUAACGUUUAUUAACUGAAACGCAAACGUGGUGCCUGUUCAGAGAAAUUCAACACCUCAACCUUGGAAUCUGAAAACGUCGGUUGUAGAGCUCGACUGAUCCAAUCGUCGAAGAAAUUAUCCGAUCGACAUGGAAGCGGUCGAGGAGAGCGAGCCCAACGUUCUUCGCGAGAUCGCGAGUGAGGAGGAGCUAGCGCAAAUCCCGAGAGAAUUAACGAGGAAAAUCAAUGCCCAUUUUAAUGCAAAGUUCGAGGAGUUUAUAACCGCGGCGGUUAUAACUAAGGCGGUUUUCGAGACCAGCCGAAAAUGGUUGGAGCAAAAUUUAGAGACGGCGCAGAAGGAACUUGCAGAGCAGAAGUUGGAUCUUGACGAGUGUAGAGGGAAGUUGGAGCUAGCGGAAAAGAGCAAUACAGAAGUAUGUAGCAAUCUUGAGGAAGUGAAAAUUGAAGUGCACGGAUUACAGGAAUCUGUCAAACGGUAA